CGGAGCCAACAGCCGCAGUUCCCCGCAGACAUGUCGUCCUCCUCGGUCCCGGACGGAAAGAAGCUGGUCCGGAGCCCGAGUGGCCUUCGCAUGGUCCCGGAGAGCGGCGCCUUCCACAGCCCCUUCAGCCUGGAGGAGCCGCACUGGGUCCCGGACAAAGAGUGUUCCAGAUGUAUGCAGUGUGACACCAAGUUCGAUUUCAUCAGGAGAAAGCACCACUGUCGUCGCUGCGGGCGGUGCUUCUGUGAUAAGUGUUGCAGUAAAAAGCUUCCUCUGCCGCGCAUGUGCUUCGUGGACCCGGUGAGACAGUGUUCCGCCUGCAGCCUGGUGUCACAGAGAGAGGGAGAGUUCUACGACAAGCAGCUCAAAGUGCUGCUCGGAGGAGGAACAUUCAUUGUGACUUUGGGAACUUCAGACAAAAUGGAAACUAUGACUUGCCGCCUUUCAAACAACCACAGAUACCUGUUCCUGGACGGAGAGUCUCACUUUGAGGUAGAGCUGACUCGUAUCUCCAGUAUCCAAGUGCUCACAGAGGGUUCCAGUCCUGGAGGAGCGGGGUCCAGGGCCAGUGGGCUCCUGGUGCAGUACAAACCCAUGGGCUCUCAGGACUCUCAGACGCUCAGACUGGACACCGCGCCUGACCACAAGGGGGCAGCACAGUGGCUCGCUGCUAUGCACAAGGCGGCCAAACUGUUGUAUGAAUCUCAUGACCAGUGAUUCUCAGUGGCCUCAUCUCACCCAAGUGUUCCCUUCAACGGUCUGUCUACACUCGAGUCCUGGUUUAGUCCUGGUUUAGUCCUGGUGUAGUCCUGGCUUAGUCCUGGCUUAGUCCUGGCUUAGUCCUGGCUUAGUCCUGGCUUAGUCCUGGCUUAGUCCUGGCUUAGUCCUGGCUUAGUCCUGGUCUAGUCUUGGCUUAGUCCUGGUCUAUUUCCGGGUCUAGUGUGAACACUGCCUUCGUCUUUGUGUCCAAACAUUUAUAAAUAAGAAAUGUUUACAAACUCUCCUCUAAUAUUUGUAUCUAAGCCAGGACCAGACCUGGGACCAGAUCAGAGACAAGAACAGGAACCGGACCAGACCAGGGACCAGACCAGGGACCAGACCAGGGACCAAGACUAAACUAGCUUAACCGUGCUAGAUGUUUUGUUUUUUUUGUUUUUUUUCAAGCACCAAGAUUUUAAAGUAAAAAACAAUUUGUACAAAAAACUUGGUGCUGAUUAAGAUAAUUAUUUAACCUAUUCUCUUUUUUUGUAAUAUAAACUGUGUUUACAAGCACAUUUUUCACAGUAGAAUCAUCGUCGUUUCAAAUUUGAAAACAUCCCAGAAGCUCGUGUUUCCUUAUGGUUUUCAAAGGUUGCCAAUAUAACUGAGGACUUAAGAGUAUUACAUCACCUAAAGAAGCACCUGUACACACCCUCAUGUUUAUCUCGUCUAAAUGGACUGUAUUUUCUGUUUUGGCUCAAUUCAAAGAGACAUUUUGGACCUAACGUUUGGUGAGAGGAUUUAGUUUCACUGCAAAAAGGAAAAUGUGUUUUACUUAAAAUGACUUUGAAUUCAGAUUUUAAUCUUUUGCCUGGUCUGUUUCAAAGCUGCAUUAUAGCUGGUUCACUUAGGAGCGGAUCGGUACGGCCCAGAAGUGUCUCCACUGUUUAAAUGAACCGCACAGUUUGAGGAUUAAUAAUUCUUUAAUUUUGAUUUAGUCUGGAGGAUAAAACCUGUUGUAAAUGUAAAUUAUGAUUUCAUACCAAUCAAGAACUAAUUUGAAUUUACACUGGGAGAAUUCUGUCUAAAAGUUCGGCACAAUCUACACGUUUUUCUGAUACUUUAAGCGUGAUUUCAACAGAAUAAAGGAUGUUUUCGUACAUUUUUGUUUGUCAAAUAAUAAUGUGUGUGUACAUUAGAGAAGGUUUGGCCCAGUGUACCACACGGUUGUCAGGUAAAAGUUAUGCAAUUCUCUAGUGCGAUGUCAUGUUUUCCAGCUAUAAAGUAAAAUCUGAAACCUAAAAAUGGCCAAACUCAGAAAAAGAAUUGUAAUUUUUUGUAAACUCUUUUAAAAAACAACUAAACAGAUGAUUGGACAACAGAGAAUGAAGAGUCAGGCGAAAACAAGACGUCAAAAAGAAGAUGUAAACAUGAAGUAAUUAUUUUUCACAGAUUUAUAUGCUGAGCUGAUAUAUUAGCAAAACAAAGCUAGCACGUUAGCAACAGAUGUUUCCUGUUUAUCAAAGCACAGCACAGAUUAGAUUUCCAGUGCAAAAUCCAUCUAACAUGAGACAAACCCAUAAAUGCAGAAAAAGACGACUAUAAAUUGGACUUAGUUUUGUGUUUACGCUAGCUUUAGCUUAGCUUUAGCACCACAAACUUGGAAUUGCUAAACAUUUUUUUUGUGAAUCGAUGAGAUUGAUUUUAAGAUUAAAAGUCUAAUUCAAGAAAGAUUUAAAUUAGAUUCAUUAAGAAAACAUUUGACGAACCUUCCAACAGAAAAGUUCCAUAGUGUACCUUUUAAAACCAGUUGAUUUGCGUUAACAGAGAUCCAAGUUAAUCAAAUAUUGUCAGUCUCAAGAUUGAUUUUCUGAAUUCAAGUGUUUUUAGUUCUUGUAAAAGCAGUUUAUUUAGUUUAUUUGCAGUGUAUAAAGUUGGUCUUCCAGGUUUGAGUUUUUCGAGUGCCAAAACUUUAUUUACAAAAGUCAGUGUUUAACUUUGAUGAUUCUUGCACCAUAGACCUAACUCUAUCUGUGUACUUUAUAAAUAUAUUUUUGAAGUAUUCAUCUGAAGUGAUUCAUAUAACAGUUUAUUUUUCUGAAUUUUGUGUCCAUAUUUUUACAUUUACUCUUCAUUGCCAAAAUAUAUCCACUUUUUAAACAUUACA